UCAGGUGUGGCGUAGUUGGGCAGGUUCAUCACAGGAAAAGAGGCGUGUUUAGGUUCUAGGAAGAGAUAGAGAACAGGAGAAGCGAUGAGGAAUAUUCUGUACCAUAGAUAGCAGUCAAAUCUGUCAUGUGUAACAUCAGUCAUGACUUCUUUCAAGAUGAUAUGUGUGGCAACUCUGCUGAAUCUCAUGACACAAGUUUUAGAGUGUCGCUCACAGCUAAGUGUGUGUGGUCAGCCUCCACUUAACACCAAGAUAGUUGGAGGACAGGUGGCUUCUGCAGGCAGUUGGCCCUGGCAGGUCAGCCUGCAACAUUCUGGAAACCACUUCUGUGGAGGAUCCCUCAUCAACAGUCAGUGGGUGCUGACUGCUGCUCACUGCUUCGUAAUAACUGGCUACCCUGCAAGCAGUGUGACUGCAGUACUGGGUCUCCAAACUCAGUCAGGAUCCAACCCUAAUGCACAGUAUGUGGGGCUGACUAAGGUCAUUGUUCAUCCCAACUACAACUCCAACACAAACGACAACGACAUCUGCCUCCUGCAGCUGGCAUCAGCAGUGACUUUCACCAACUACAUUCAGCCUGUGUGUCUGGCAGCGCCAGGCAGCACCUUCUACAAUGGCACUGACUCCUGGGUCACUGGCUGGGGAGUCACCUCAAGUGGAUCUCAAACUGUUUCACAAACCCUAAUGGAGGUGGAGAUCCCAGUUGUGGGCAACAGACAGUGUAACUGUGACUAUGGAGUUGGAGCAAUCACCAACAACAUGAUUUGUGCUGGGUUAAGUGCUGGAGGGAAGGACUCCUGUCAGGGAGACUCAGGUGGUCCAAUGGUGAGCAAGCAGGGUGGUCGCUGGACCCAGAGUGGAGUCGUCAGUUUUGGAAACCAAUGUGCUUUACCUAAUUUUCCUGGAGUCUACACCAGAGUGUCCCAGUAUCAGUCCUGGAUCAACAGCCUGAUCACCAGCAACCAGCCGGGCUUCAUCACCUACACAUCCACUGGGACUGAUGGGGACCUCAGUGUCUCCUGUGCUGGUCUUCCACCAGUAACAACCACAGCCCCUCCCACAACAACACCGAAACCUGUGCUUUGUGGCCAAGCUGCGUUAAAUACUCGUAUUCUGGGAGGAAACUCGUCAGCUGGCAUGUGGCCGUGGAUGGUGAGCCUCCAGAGGAAUGGAAGCCAUGUGUGUGGUGGGACUUUAGUGGCUGUGGACUCUGUGCUGAGUGAUGCUAGCUGCAUCUCAAGUUCAUCUAAGCCGUCUGAUUGGACCGCUGUUUUGGGUCUUUUGAACCAAUAUGGCUCCAACCCUAAUCAAGUGUCACUGAAUGUGACAAAUAUCACCCUGAGCAACCUGACUGGCUCUAACAUAGCAGUGCUGCAUGUGGCGUCCCAACCCACCUUGUCCAACUACAUCCAGCCCAUCUGUCUGGGUGAUGGACAAACCUUUGCUGUGGGUUCAACAUGCUGGGCUGCUGGUUGGAGCUCAGGGAGAGGAGGAGUGCAAGGAAUUCUGCAGGAGACCCAGACCUCUGUGGUAAACUGUGGGAACUCAUCAACCAGUGGCAGCAUUUGUACAGGAGCUAUAAUACUGGAUCAGGGUGAUGCUGGUGGUCCACUAAUGUGUAAAGUGGGCAGCUACUGGUACCAGGCUGCUGUGUUAACAGUCUCCACAAACUCUACCAGUCAAACACGAGCAGCAGUUUCGAGCUUCACCACACUGACAGCCUACGACGCCUUUCUGCAUCAGACCCUGGGGUCAUUUUUGUCUCCUACCAGUGGAGGCAAUACAACCUCCUCGUCCAGCACUGAUGCCGGUUCUACUUCCUCCUCCUCCAGCACUGGGCGGGGUUCUGCUCUCUUGGCCUUCUUCCUCCCCCAUCUCCUUUUUUUUAUCACUUCCGUCUACCUCUUUCAAUAAUGUAUUUUUUUGAGUGAACAUACUGUAGGUCUAUGUGAAUUUACCUAGAUAAACUUCUCUGUCCUGUAGCAUACAUGAAUAAUAUACCUCUCAUUUUUCCCACCAGGAAGAGGGAUUUCUUUUUUGUUUAUUCAUAACUAAUGACUUGUGCUGCUGUUUGUAUGUGUUCUGUUUUUUGUUGUUUAUUCUCAGCAACCAGGUGUUCACCCUGGACAGAUCGCUAGACCAUGACAGGAUCCAUAACAUAUUGUUGGCUUCUUGCAGUAAAAGAAAUAAAGAUGCUGAGUGUUUGAUCCCAGGUUCUAUGCUCAUGGGUUAGAUGAAAAAGAAACAACUGUACAAAACCUCUCAUGACCUCACAGCUCGAAGGGACUGGGUUCAGCCAGGUGUGUUUCUGUAAAAAGUUCCUGUUCCUGUUCCUGUUCUUGUGCAGGUUGUUUUGGCCCAUCUACCCGAAUACUGUCUACUACAUAAGGUGUACUAUGAUGGAGUUCCUGAUUAUUAUCAUUGUAUUUGUUUACAAGGUCAACAGGAUUUAAAAAAAUAAAAUUGCCAAUUUAGCUUCUUUCCUAAAUUCUUCAUUUACUGUAGGAGUGUUUCCAUCUUUCAAAGGCAUCUGCAAUGUUCACCUGUUAUAUCAGGCUUUUUAGGGGCUUUUUGUGAUAUACUGUAAAUUAUCUCAUUCAUGUUGGCAAGUUCCUAAAUGUGCUUUUUCUGAUACACGACAGCAAUGUAGACAUCAACAGGAAGAGAAAGAAAGUCCUCAAGUUACUGUGACUGAUAUUUAUUUCCAGAUGAACUUUAGUGAUAGGUUACCAAGUUUCUCCUGCACCAUUUUAUCAACUCUCUCAUUCUGAACAACAGAGAGCAUGUUCUUCCAGUCACCGAUCUGACCUGUAAAAGCAGAACAAAAGCUGAAUCUGAUGUCUGGUCAGUUGUUUCUGAACAGGUGAAAUAUUUAUGUCCCAUUACUUUUACGCAUGAAGCUUCCACUGCACCUGUCUUUUGGUAUGAACUUGUCUUAUUCUUCGUAGGCUUAAAGGUGCAUUUUUCCACGACUUGCUCAAUGGCUGACCCCUUCCCUAAGAAGCUGCAGAUCUUUGUGAGAUCUCCGGGCUGUGUGUCUGAUAUCCGGACCUGCAGUGUGGGAGCCCCCCAGGGGACUGUCCUGACCCCCUUACUCUUCACCCUCUACACUGCAGACAUCAGACACAACUCAUCUGGCUGUGUUCGGCAGACGUUCUCAGACGACUCUGCAAUUGUUGGACUUAUCACUGACAAUAAUCCCUCCAGGGAAAAAACAUCCAGAGGGAGGACUUGCAUAAGUACCUGGUUAUUCACCUAAACAACAAGCUGGACUGGAGUAACAACAUAGACACACUGUACAGGAAAGGCCCCUCUCUACCUCCAAGGAAGGCUAAGGUUGUUUGGACCACUCCUGAAGACCUUCUAUGACUUUGUGGUGGCAUCAGCCAUCCUGUACGGUGUGGUUUGCUGGAGCAGUAGGAUCACAGUACAUCAUGUACAUAAUGUUGAUAACCUGUAGAGUUCUCACCCUGUGUUUUCCUUUCUUUUAAUAAUUGUGUCUCUAUUGUCUUCUGUAUUAUUUGUCUUUUGUGCUGUUGCAACAUGGCAAUUUCCCCAUCAUGGCACAAUAAAGGUUUUCUAUUCUUU